GUGAACCACAACUGCAUGUUAAGUCCAAAGACUACAUGCAGAGGAAAAAUAGGAUUUGGAGUGGAUCACCGUACGAUUGAGGGAGGGACUAAAAGUGUGCAUAAUAUUCCUUCCUCUGUGGGACUCGCUGCGAGCAGGUACAGCAUCUCUGCAGUCCACCGCUCAGCUGUCACACUCAGCUGCCCAGCGCUUCCAGUUCACAGCAAACUUCUCACACCGCAGUCGCAGGUCCUGCUUCUCCUGUCCACAGCGUCCGUGAUGAGUUACUACAUGGAUCCAGUUUCUUCCUACCCGGCCCUUCACCCCUGUGACCGUCUGGGCGCAAUGAGGCAGAGUGGAGGCGUGGCAGUGGGCCCUCAGACCCAGCUCCCAGGCGUGGUUCACCCUCAGCAGCAGUACUACCCAUCGCAGCCCCUUUACCCCCAGGAUAUACCCCUGCAGGAGGUACCCAACGGACAUGACAUGUGUCCUACAGAUCCGGAGUGUGGAGAUGUCCCCCUGCUAACUCCAGGAAGUAAAGAGAUGAUGUCUCAGGCUCUGAAGGCCACCUUCAGCGGCUUCACAAAGGAACAGCAGCGACUGGGGAUUCCCAAAGAUCCCAGACAGUGGACAGAAAACCAUGUGGCUGAGUGGCUAACGUGGACAGUGAACGAGUUCAGUCUGAAGAAUGUUGACUUUGACAAAUUCUGCAUGAACGGAGCCAGCUUGUGUGCGAUGGGGAAGGAGCGCUUCCUGGACUUAGCACCUGACUUUGUGGGUGACAUCCUUUGGGAACAUCUAGAAAUGCUUCAAAAGGAGGAUACAAAGCAUUAUCCCAUCAAUGGACUGACCUCCAACUUCCAGGAAUCCCGUUAUACCUCAGACUACUUUGUCAGCUACGGUGUUGAGCAUGCUCAGUGUGUCCCCCCUUCUGAAUACUCAGAGCCCGGCUUCAUCACAGAGUCCUACCAGACACUUCAUCCCAUCAGCUCAGAGGAACUGCUGACGCUCAAGUAUGAGAGUGAAUACCCUGCUGUCAUCCUGCGGGACACGCCCCUCAACCCGCUGCAGGGGGACUACUUUUCUGUCAAGCAGGAGGUGGUAUCCCCUGACAACAUGUGUGUGGGACGCCUCAGCAGAGGUAAACUCGGUGGCCAGGACUCUUUUGAGAGCAUUGAGAGCUUUGAGAGCUGUGACCGAUUGACCCAGUCAUGGAGCAGCCAGUCUUCAUUCAGCAGCCUGCAGCGGGUACCCUCGUAUGACAGCUUCGACUCGGAAGACUAUCCCACUGCCUUGCAUGGCCACAAGCCCAAGGGCACCUUCAAAGACUAUGUGAGGGAGCGCUCAGACCUCAGCAAGGAUAAACCCGUCAUCCCUGCAGCGGCACUGGCAGGGUACACAGGCAGCGGCCCCAUCCAGCUGUGGCAGUUUCUUUUGGAGCUGCUGACCGACAAGUCUUGCCAGUCCUUCAUCAGCUGGACAGGCGACGGCUGGGAGUUCAAGCUUUCUGACCCCGAUGAGGUUGCUAGGAGGUGGGGCAAGAGGAAAAAUAAGCCCAAAAUGAACUAUGAGAAGCUGAGCCGUGGCCUGCGAUACUACUAUGACAAGAAUAUCAUCCACAAGACAUCGGGGAAACGCUACGUCUACCGCUUUGUCUGUGACUUAAAAAGCCUGCUGGGGUACACUCCUGAGGAGCUGCAUGCAAUGUUGGACGUAAAGCCUGAUACAGACGAGUGAAAGCAAAGAUGAAAAAGAAAGUGAAGACAAAUGUUAAGGAGCCACAUGGACUGGGGCUCGUAAAGUGGUCUUAACUGUUUUGAUAGCAUCGGCAAACCAUUUUUUGGGGGACCAAAAUGUUUUUAAUGACCGAGAGGUCUUUGUCAACUUCGAGCUCUUGUCUCUCAGACCAUGUUUUAAAAAAGAAGGCACAACCCAAAAGCCUGUAUUCAUACUGUUUGCAUUUGAGAUGUGUGUGCGCAUGUGUGUGUGAGCGUGCGUAUGUGUGAUAUAUACCGGUAUUAUUUAGCAGCUCGAGGCAGAUGGAGAACUAUCGGGUAGAGUUCAGGUUCCAUUCUGCCUUAGUAGCAAAGUGGGGAGACAAGAGGACCAAGACAGAAAGUGUGAGAGAACAGAGAGAAAAAGAGCAAAAUCAAAUGAUUAAUUUUGUUGUUGGGGUAAACAGAGAGCGGGCGGAAAGUUCCUGCUAUGAAAACAGUUGCCAAAAUGUAUUUAGAUAUAUGUUCACUGUUUCUCUUUGGCAAGGAGAGAGUUUUCAGCUUGGACCAAAAAGUGUCAUUUAUAAUUUGUUGUUUAAGGAGCGUAUGCUUGUGCCAGUAUUGUAUUAGUGAUGUUGAGAACACCCAAUGUAAACCUACCUACCAGGCAUAUAUUGGAAAGAUUAUUUUUCUUAUGUUGUCAAUGAAGGUAUCACAGUGGAACCAAAUAUCAGACACCAUCAGAAGUUUAACUGCUUUCUUCUUUAGGAGCCUUUAACUGAAAUGUGCUGAUUCGUUAUCAGACAACACUAUAGACACUGGCCCUGUGCUUUUAUGAGGUGUGAGGACCUGGUGAGAUUACUCAUACCCAGAGAGUGUGAUAGACAGACAACUGAAAGUAGCCGUUGCUUUGAAACUGACGCUUUCACCUUUACAUACAUGUUUGCCACCUUGUUAGAGACACAUAUUGUGACUGAAACUUAUGCAUUUUUGCAUAUACCACCAGUAUUAGCAAACUGUAGACAAUCUAUGUGGGGAAAUUCAGGAGUCUUUGGUAAGAAGAGUUGUUUGAUGUGCAGAUUAGAUGCAUAGUUUGUCGGUUCACUGUCCAUGUUAGCGUUGCUUUAGAAGUGUUUGAAUAGUCUUUAUGUCUGUCUGUACAAUAAAAUCACAAGUGACGUAGUUGAGGGAGUGAUUUUUACAAAAUCCUAAGAUUUUUCUUAUGCAGUACAUUUUGGCCAAGAGGAAGUGGCUGCAGUAUAGUGUGAAGGUACAGUGUAGGAGGAAGGGACAGGGACAGGCAAGAGAAAAAAUGUUGACAAGAGAAUUAGAAGCUGUAUGGGGUUAGAUGAAGGUGACUGAAAGGAAUCUGCGGAUACUGCAGUCAGUGAUCACUUGUGAGGUCUGAUAGACAGUGACUGACAGAAAUGGUGCAAGUUGACACAGGUUUGAGGUUUGCAUUACAUGGGUUGUGUAUUUAAUUUGGAUGCAGCUUUCAGCUGAAAACUAAAUGAAAAUAGAGACGUGUAGGACUAGUGACAGACAUUUGUAUUUAAUUUGUAGGUUUGUGUGUUACUUAUCUAUGAACAAAAUAACAUUCAAUUCAUAGUAUGUAACUCAUGUGUGAUUCCACCCAUAUUUGUGUAAUUUGCUCAGAAUACAUGCAUAGAUAUUCACUGGCUACAUUUGAGCAAAUUGGCAGCAGUCUCCUUCCAAUAGUGGGAACAGUGGCUGUACACUGGCCUUAUGGGAAAUGCCAAAGUCGAAAAAUCAUCUUAGAAUACAAUGUUAUUGUUUACAGUGGCUGAAUGUUACCCAUAUGGAUGAAAAUAGCUUUUGAGAUGUCUAUUUGUACAGAUUGUAUUUCAUAAUGCUUUAUUGAGACCCAGAUUACACAAAUAAGCAAGAGACAAAGCAGGAAUAAUAACCAAAACUCAUGUGAGGUCUUUGGCCACGGUGCUUCGGGUAUCGUCCACAAUGUUGGAAGACAGGGACCAGAAAUCUCUCACAUUUUUGGAAAAGUGUUAUCUUUUAUGUUUUUGUUAAUAUGUUGGAAAGCACACAGCUUUAGGACAAAGAGAAACGCCUUUGCUGAUCUGGGUUUCCCACUGAGUGCAGAAAAGAGAUGCUGUAUAUGUUCAUAAUGUUCAAUUGGUAACAAGCUUCGUCCACUAUCAUCAAGCACUGACUCACAAACCUUCAAGCUUGUCAUCCGAUACAAAGAAAUUCAACAAAUAAAUUGGUUAUAAGCUUCACUGUACUUUCAUUCUUUUCUGCAUGUUGGCGUCAAGGUUUCAAAACACUGUAGUGUUCAGGUUGUUUUUUUUUUUUCUAAUGUCAGUUUAUGUUGAAGAGAGCUUUACAGAUUUUUAAAUGUAUUUGUAACGGUUUCCAUUGCCCUGGAAAAAAAAGUUUUCUUUUUUCCCAACACAAGGUUAUAAUGUUAGUAUGGUUGACUUCAUAAGAUCAAUGUGCUUAAAGAAAACAUUCUGUUACUUAAAAUGUUAAUAUUUUGAAAAUUAUUUUGUCAGGAAAAUAUACUGUUGUUAACUGUCAGAGAUUACUGCAGGUCUUAUGUAUUAAUGAACUGUAGUCAGGCAAGUGUAUACACACCAAUAGAUUGUGGCAUAUACAUAUCUCAGAAUGGAUUCAGAAGGAAAAACCUUUUUUUAUUUUGGUUUGUUUUGUAUGUUGUUUUUUUGUAUAUUUUAUAGUGUCUCUGUAUUUUUUUUAUGAGAUCAUUUUUAUUGUAUUUAGUUCACAAACAUUUGAAUAUUUUUCAAUAAUUUAUAUUUUAUAAAAGACAAGAGAUGCAGACAGCUGGUGCUUUCAUGGGAAUUUAAAGGUAGCGCAGGACAAAAUAAUGUAGCGAUAUUUUUUGUUUGUUUGUUUGUUUGUUUUUGUUUUUUUAUCCUUUUUUAUAUAGAAAAUAGACCUGUCUGCUAGAGAAAAAAAGGCUGAUGCUGGCCCAUCAAUGAUUUCUGCUGGAAAGGUUUUAUAAACUGUAGCUUCUAUUUCUAAAAUGUACUUAAUGUACUUCAAAAUGUUAUAAAAUAUAUGUGAACAAAGAUUUGAUAA